UGUACGAUAACGCUGCCACGCCCAGAUCGGUUUCCGGCGAUUUUGUGCGACCCCGAACCCGUCGCGCGAUCCCGCUUCUUCCUCUCGUCCGAUUCCCACAUCCAUCCUUCUGUUAGCAGCCCUCCUAACAUGUAUGCACAUGGGCUUGGCCACUCGGCCACUCAUGGACUUGGCCCGCCCGCUACCCCAUUGCUGCAGCUACAAGUACCAGAUCAAACGCAAGGAAGAAGGUAUCCAGUGGAUCACAGACGAACCCGGCAGCGGCUACCUUCCUCUCUUCUCCUACCUCUGCUCCCCAGUUCAUCUGUAACUCAAUUCUUGUAUCAGAUCGUGAGUGUGUGAACUAUAAUCUAGUGGAGACAUAUCCCGUACCUUACAUCUGGUAUCAGAGACCAGACACCACUCCUUCCCCUGCGUUCCGUCAAGCUCGUCCGCAUCGGGCAGCCAUGGAUCCAUGGAUGCAGGAGUAUCUCGACCGGAUUGACGCCAUGCUCGACGCCUACACCGACGCCACCAGGUCCCUCGCAGAGAAAGUGGACGCUCUGGUCGUCGCCUGGCGGCCAGACCUCGAGAAGAGGUCCUCCCACACCGCCGUCGUCCACGAUCCACCAUCGCCGAUUCCUUCGCUGGAGAUCACUACUGAGGCGUCGGCGCCCAUCCCAGGCGUCUCCUGCUCCACCACCAAGGCCCACAAGGUACCAGAGGUCAUCCACAAGGCGGCCCCUGACUGCAUCAUGGCGGCGCCUGUGACCUGUUCGACGGAUUGUUUGAAUCAAGUUGUCGCCCACGCCAGCGUCAACGAGGUCCGAGAUGUCGCCACCACCAUCUUCCCCGUGGACGCAGUUGACCUCCAGGAAGCCUCCGACACCACCAUCCACAUCGCCAAGGGUGUAGGACCCAUCCCUGACGACGCCACUCCAGAGCUCACUUCCCUGGAGGUGCGUGGCGCAGGCCUGGGCCACGAGGUUGUUGCCAUCGACGUCCACGUGCCCACCGCAUCGGCAUUCACCGGGUCGCCGGUGUGGCCCAGCUUCAACUCUGGCACCUCUGAAUCUUCAUUGCCAUCUACACACAAGGAUGUGCAAGAGGUAUGGAAGCCAAUGCCUGGGCUAUUUGACAAGCCUGAAGCUGUUGUUGCUAAUGUGAAGGAGCACAAGGAUGAUGCAAAGCUGUUGGUAAUUACACUCUUCAUGAACCCAUCAACCUGGUAUGAACAUUUCAAUACCCGAGACCCUUGCUUGGUUUCGUUGGAUGCCCAGUUGGUAUUUGCGGAGCAUAUGAGUCCUGAACUGCGUUUAACAUGGCCGACACUAGUGGGAACUAAUUUCAGUGAGUUCUGUUCAGCAGGGCUGUCUAAUUCAUAUUGUACAUUAUCCUUGUUCCCUUGGAAUCCAGGUGGUUAUUUUCUCAUGCAUAAGAAUCGGGUGACCAUGAUGCUUAUCACUACUAGUAGUAGUUCUCAUUGGCAUGUUACCAGUGUAUUUGAGGAGUCUGGUCAGUGCUUUUCUCAGAUUGCAAAAAUACAAUGGUUGUUUCCUAUUUGUAUGAAGGCGAUGACACAGUGCUUGGUAAUACUACCUCUUGUUAAGCUGGAUUAUGAGCUAUGGCAUCCACCUGAUCAGCAACCAAGGAUGAAGAGGAAGUUCCGUUGGACGUUCAGAACACAUCCAUUUCUGAAUACCCAAGCGCGGGACAAGGAAUUGACUAGUUACCUUUCUAUGAAUUUGUUCCAUCUUGGAGAUCUUGUGUACAAUACAUGGGGACGGUGGCUCAGUGUACUUGGACACUGCAUCAGGAUACUCCUAGGUCGGCUCUUGUGCUUGUGGUCUUUGCAACAAGACGAUGCUGAUUCAUGCUUCAUUACACAUGUGAAACUCUUUCAUUACAGUGAAUGGUGGUUUUCUGAACUCUGUCUGGUUACUAGCAUUCUCACCCUUGAACUGUAUCAUUCUUGCCCGGCUGCUACGACUGUCCAUCCAUUUAGGAGCAUGACAAAAUGGGGUGCUUGGAACACGGCAAGAAGUUUUUGUUUGCGGUUAAUACAGCUUGAGCCAGUACUACCUUCUGAUCUAGCUAGCAGAACUGAACAACGGCAGCUGAUCUCUGACACGUAUCCAUGGCAACAUGUAGUGUUUGGGCUGCUAUAUGAACUAGCAUACUGCAAUGAGGCCAAUCAUUAUUAUUGGUAUCUGAAGAUCCUUACAAUGCUGGUUGUUCAGACCGUACAAGUUGCAACAGAGAUACGAGAUUCAGAGUUAAGUUUGUUUGUUGCUGGUGCUUUCCUGCUUGGGCAUAAACAAAAGUUUCUCUGGACUCCAUACACUGCAAAGUUUUUGGUGUUUCACAGGACCAACUCAGCUCCUAGUUAUUUUUCAGUCUCUGACAGAAGAUCUUGCUAUAUUGUUCUGCUUGAUGUGUUUAGAAUUCUGUGCUAUGAACCGAUGCUAGCUACCGGUAUUCAACCUAGACUCUCUGAGUGUCAACCUGGCGAUUGGUUUCAUGAUGUUUUUCUCAGUGUAUGCAACACAUAUACUCCUGAACCCACGCUCGCCAAAUUUCAGGCUUUAAAAAAAUGCGAUUGCGAGCAUCUUAUAUCAACCGGGGCUUGUAAUCUAUUCAUGGACAAAGGAUGCCUCAAGCGUCACAUGGUUCACGAAGAAAACGAUUCAAUAGUAGUGCAAACUUCAAGGAUUCAGUGUGUACAGCCAAGAUGCUACUUGGAGGUUGGCUCUACUCAAGCAUAUCUGAAACUGAAGGAAGUUGAUGUUGCUGUUACAUGUUUGAGCUUAGAAACAAUUCGGAUUGGGAGUUGCUUACCCAUUUCAACCGUCCACCUGAUCCAGCAAGUAUUUGGGAGUGCAUCACUGGCCGAAGCUUUCCCCGGGACCAAAUCUUACUGAUGAUUUUUCAUCCAUGGCCACCAACUCAUGUUACUUAUCUGAUAAAGUUUUGCUGUUGUGGCAGCCGGGCAGUGACUCGACAAAUGGUUUUUCAAGGUGGGCGAGGUGUCGUUGCUAUCACUGUCGGUUUUCCGCAAGGCUCCGUCGACCACAAGUACUACCACGGCUUCGACAGCGACUACUUCGGCUUCUCAUGUGAUUGGAUCGCCAUCGGCCACGGCUACUACAACCCUGUCAUUCAAGUCAACCCCGACUGUGGCUACCACAACGACUUCGAGCUAGUCAAGGAACAUCGAGUGCAAUGGGAUCCGGGCGGUUCUCGGUGGCUUCGGCUUGGGGUCAAGCCGGAUCUUAAGAAUGGGGGGAUGUUAGCAGCCCUACUAACAUGUAUGCACAUGGGCUUGGCCACUGGGCCGCUCAUGGACUUGGCCCGCCCACUACCCCAUCGCUGCAGCUACAAGUACCAGAUCAAACGCAAGGAAGAAGGUAUCCAGUGGAUCACGGACGAACCCGGCGGCGGCUACCUUCCUCUCUUCUCCUACCUCUGCUCCCCAGUUCAUCUGUAACUCAAUUCUUGUAUCAGAUUGUGAGUGUGUGAACUAUAAUCUAGUGGAGAUAUAUCCCGUACCUUACACCUUCGGAUCCUUGUUCGAGAUCAACCACAUGGACCUCUCCGAGCUCCGCUACCCGAAGCUCCAUCGGUCGUCGAUUCCGUCACCACCAGCGGUGAUGUUCUCCUCCCUUCUCUAUAUCGUUGCCUUAACUCACCCUUCUCUCUGAACUCUCUUUUCCCUCCAAGCAGUACAUGAGCGAACACACCGACCUCCGCCCGAACAGAACACUGCCGCCCGAGCCUCCCUCCAAGGCCAAUUCCGGCGAGAGAGCUCGGAUUCGAGCUAUCCCGCCCACACCAAAGAUCGCUGCUGCCGCCGUUGCUCUAGCUGAGCAGAGCGAUGCUACCUGAAACUUCCUGUCACCGCCUCCUGUUCGUCCUCUCGUGCGGUCGUUGCAGGACCCACCAGAGAACUCACGACAAAUACCCUGAGUCUGUCAUGCCGCGCUUCAUCCUCGUGCUAUUCCCGAAGUCGCCCCCAAUUUUUCCUCCGCGGAGACGAGGGCACGGAUUCCAUGAAGCUCCGCCACCGAGGUCCCUUCGUCGGUUGAUUAUGAUGACUAUUGACACUGGAGCAAGCUACCGACGCACUCUCGAUCCCAUCGGAGUUUGGUGGCACUACCGAGCGACGACACCACCAACAGAGGGUACUUCCUUCGUCAUUUUACGCCACCAUCACCACCCACGUCGAACACCGCAUCCACAAUGCCGCCUCAACUUCGCCGGAGGACCACCGGAGUAGUGCCACCGUCCCUGCUCGUACCGCCGCCAUCGUCCUUUGGCUCACGGUGAGCACACCACGCACAUGACAUCUCUCGACGAAUCACAAACUGCCACAUGACACAUGCACAACACAUCAUCAGCAUCUCCAAAACGCUGCCACGGCAGAGUUUUUAACACAAUCUAUGCACAUAUUGUUUAUGCUAUAAUUUUUUGUCUACGCAUCCAAACUCAGUGAAACUUUUCCUAUGUGUU